AUGGUAAAAAAUCAAUCAAUAGAAGGACUGAGAGGAGCGACGUUACGUGUGAUAAUACCAGUGAUAGAGCCACCAUUUGUAAAUUAUCCAAAUUUCACGAAAGAAGCAGAGAUUAAACAUGGAUACAGUGCUGGAGUUGUUAUGGAAAUCUUGAAAGAUUUAGCAGAGUUGCUGGAUCUUAAAUAUGAGAUUCUUCCAUGGAGUACUACUGAAGCAAUGGAAAUGAACUGGGAUGACGUUUUCGACGCACUACGAAGAAAGGACGCAGACAUAGUUGCUGGAACAUCCAUCAUGACUUAUAAUCGCAGUCUCAUAGCUGAUUUCACAUAUCCAAUUCAAUUUGUCCAUACCGGCAUUCUCACUGCUGCUCCUAAACGGUCGAGAAAUGAUGCGAUGCUUAUAAUCACAGAGUCGCUCCAAUGGGAGGUGUGGAUGGCGACAGCCAUAUGCAUCUUUGUUUCCGCGCUGGUACUUUUCUUCCUCUCGAACACACUAAGACGAGUCUACGAUGAGGAGGCGUUCAGUUUAUUUGGAUCAGUAUGGGUGUUCUUCUCAAUAUUUGUCCAACAAGGAAUUCCUGAACAACCGCGAUCGUGGAGCAUUCGUAUACUCAUCAGUAUGUGGUGGCUUGCAAGUAUCACGCUCAUGGCGACAUUCACAGGAAGUCUCGUUGCUAUAUUCGCCGUUGAAAAGGCCUACCUUCCAUUCAAUUCGUUUGAAGAACUAGUCAACCUGGUCAAGCAGGGAAAAUACAUGAUUCUCAUGAGUAAACAAUCAAUGGCAAAAUCGGAUAUAAUAAAGAUUUCUCCGCUUCCAAUACACAAGGAACUGUGGUACGAGGUAAACGUAAAUAACAAAAUCAAGUAUGCAAACAACACUAAAGACGCAGUGGAUUUUAUGCUUAACGAUCCUAGCUACGUAAUCCUUGGAUCAACAACAAUUCUAAGAAUGUACGCGCAAACUGACUGCCGUCUUACCUUAUUGCAAGAAACUAUUCUUCCAACGUUAAUCAGUAUUGCUUUAACAAAGGAUUCACCAUAUACAACCUUCUUUUCAAACAGAAUCCAAAAUCUUGUCGAACUCGGAUUUACCGCAAAAUGGAUUCGUGACUAUUCCAGCUACAUGGCUUCAAAAAACACUAUGUUUUGUAAUGAAACAUUUUCACCUGCCAUGAAAGGCACGCUAGACCUGAAAAGGGCUCAGGGAGCUUUUUGGAUUCUUAUUGGUGGACUUCUAGUUGCUAUUAUUACACUUUUCAUCGAAAUUACAGUACAUAGCAUGAAUAACGGCGCGGCUAGCGAGGACGGGAGGAUCGCACGUUAUAAGCAAUGGUUGUGCUCUUGCAUAAGGCACAUUCGCUGA